AUGGCUGAAAAAGGGAUGACUUCGCUGUACGUCGGUGAUCUGGAACCAAGCGUGACGGAUUCUGAGCUGUUUGAUGCGUUUAGCCAUGCGGGUUAUGUGAGCUCUGUUCGUGUUUGUAAAGAUCCGACCACCUGGAUAUCUCUUGGCUAUGGCUACGUAACCUUUGACUAUCCUCAUGACGGUAACUUUUUCAACAAGCCUCCUUGCAAGUGUUUAUAUCCGAUUUAG